CAUGCAUUAGAAAAGGACGGGCUUAAUCUGGGAAUAAAACUGGAGUUGCGUAUUUGUCGUUUUGACUCCGCAUCCCGACAGUCAGUUUCCAUAACAUAGAUUUCAUAGGACUGCUGUUGUCGGAGGGAUGCUGUGAAGAGGAAGUGUUUGUUUGACUCCACAUUCACAAAGACAAACAGAAGUAUGGGUCUGCAGACUGUGUUCCGUGCGGUGAUCAUGGGGGCCCCGGGCUCAGGGAAGGGGACCGUGUCGAGUCGGAUAGCGCAGAGUUUCGUACUGAAGCAUCUCUCCAGUGGAGACAUGCUGCGGGCCAAUAUCGAGGCGAAGACAGAUUUGGGUCUCCUGAUGAAGUCGUGCAUCGAUCAGGGUCAGCUGGUUCCCGAUGAUGUCAUCUCUCGUCUCAUCCUGUCCAGUCUGAGGGGUCUGGAGCAGAGCAGCUGGCUACUGGACGGGUUUCCUCGUACUGUGGCUCAGGCCGAGGCCCUGGACAGCGUGUACGAUGUGGACUCUGUUAUAAACCUGGACGUGCCUUUCCAGACGAUCCGAGAGCGUCUGACGUCUCGCUGGGUGCACCUUCCCAGCGGCAGGGUCUAUAAUAUAGACUUCAACCCACCUAAGAAACCAGGUCUCGAUGAUGUCACAGGAGAACCGCUGGCCCAGAGAGACGAUGACAGUCCCGAAACUGUGUCCAGGCGACUCAAGGACUACGAGAGACAGACACAACCAGUUCUAGAGUAUUACAGGAGUAAAGGAGUAUUGGAGACCUUCUCAGGAACUGAAACCAACAAGAUAUGGCCUCACGUUCAUGCCUUCCUGACCAGGAAAAUCCCAGGAAACCAGCAGGCUGUGGGAAAAGCGUGAUUGCACAACCACCUUGAGGACUUUCACCACAGCUGAUCUGAAGUACACUGUUGGACUCGAGCACAAUGCACCUCUGUGGCCUUAAGUAGUCUACUGUAUUUGCCGAAGCCUUUGGUGUCACCAUCUGCUUUUAUGCCUUUGUGAGAAAGUUCGCACCAAGGUUUAUGAUCAAACUAUAGUCUCAUGAGCUGUAGCGCUGCCAUCUUAAGCAAACUAGAGUUUUAGGCAUGCUAAGAUUAAUAGUUGACUCCAAAGUUAAUAAUUUCAGCAUUACACUUGCCAGAAGUG